AUGUAGAAAGAUAAUAAAAUCGCAAUCGUUGGAAGCGGCCCUGUAGGAUCAGCAUUAUCAAUCCUAUUGGCCAGAGAGGGUUACUAGGUUGAAAUCUAUGAAAAAAGAAUUGACCCUACUUUAGGUUCAACACCAGCUGGAAGAUCUGUUAAUCUAGCUCUUACUAAGAGAGCUAUUAAGGCACUAGAUAUGAUUGGAGCAAGGGAAAGAGUACUCUCUCACGCGAUUCCCAUGUACGGUAGAACAUCUCAUAAUAAUAAUGCUACUCACUAUCAUAACUAUGGCAGAGAGAAUGACUGCAAUUACUCAAUAAGCAGGCACCUACUGAACAAUCUUCUUAUUCAAGCAGCUAAAGAUGAACCAGGAGUUACUGUACUCUUCAAUUAGAAUCUUUUGACAUUUGAUAUUGAUAAAACUACUUUAACAUUUGCCACUGCUGAAGGUCAAUCAGUUACUAGAGAUUUCUAAAUGGUUUUUGCAGCUGAUGGAGCCUUCUCCGCUAUCAGAAAGAGAUUCAUUACUAUGCAAGAUUUCAACUACUCUCAAGAAUAUUCUGACUAUGGUUAUCUUGAGUUUGAGAUCCCAGCCAACUAAGAUGGAGGGUUUGUCUAUCAUACUAAUUCAUUCCACUUGUGGCCUAGAUUUAGAUCAGUCAUGCUUGCAAUGGCUAACACUGAUGGAUCAUUUACAGGCAACUUGUUCCUUCCAUUAAAAGGGCCAGAUUCAUUCGAAUCAUUAGCUAAAGAAUAAGAUUUUGUUGAUUUCAUGUAUCGUCAGUUCCCAGAUGCUGCCCCCUUAAUGCCUGGUAUGCUUGACACUAUCAGAAAUGGACCAAGAGGAAGACUUUGUGAUAUCAAAUGCUAUCCAUGGGUAGUAUAAAACUUUGUCUUAAUUGGAGAUGCAGCGCAUGCUAUUUUCCCAUUUUACGGAUAAGGUCUCAAUGCUGGACUUGAGGAUUGCACUACUUUGAUAUAGUUAAUAAGAGAACAUAAUGGAGACUGGCCUACAAUUACAAGCAAAUAUUAAAUUUCAAGAAAGAUUAAUACUGAUGCUAUAAGUGAUCUAUCAAAGUAAAACUUUGUUGAACUAAGAGAUAAGAUGGCAGACCCUGAGUUUUUAAUGAAAAAGUUCAUUAUCAGUUACCUCUCAGAUCAUUACAAUGAUAUUUACACGUCACAGUACUCUAUGAUUUCAUUUAGUCACACCUAAUAUCAUUUAGCAAAUGCUUUUGGAAAAGUUGAAGACUAAAUCAUUAAAGAGAUCAAGUAAUUACCAGAUUAUAAAGAAAAAGUUAGCUCUAAGAAUAGAUAUCCAGAAAUUGAAGAAAUACUUAAGAAAUAUUAAGGCUUAUAUGAGCUACCCUCUCAUUAACUAGACAGUAGAGCAUCUCAAGAAUAGAUUUUACUCCCUAAUGUUGGAAUAUUUGAAGUCCAUGCACCUAUUUUGUGCAGUAGAGAUUUAUACUUUGAAGGAAACGAGAGGAAUUUAGGUUUUAAUUGCUAUGAUAGUGGUUUAGCCAAGAAAGUUAGUCCAUAUCAAUAUGAUUCAGUCCAAGUUGAGCAGUUGACACUCUGUGCUCACCUUCAUAUGACUCACGCUGAAACUGAAUGCCAUAUAAAAAUCUAAGAUGGUUUAAAUAUCAUUGAGAAAUAAAAGAAGUUUAACAGUCGCUAACUUGCCCUUGCUCUUGAAGUAAGACCCUUAGAGGGUCAACUAGAAGUGAGCUUGGAUUUAUUAAUGAGUGCUUACAACAUUUCAAUAACAUAGAUCAACUCAUAGUCUCUCAGAAACUAAAACGACAAAUUUAAAAUGGUAAUAAUUAAAUUCUUGUAUGAUGAGAAUCUUGAUGAAAACAAUAAAAAUAUCACAAAUUUCCCUUACUUAUCAUGUGAGAGUGUAAAGUUUUUGAGAGAGAAAGGAUUUAAUGUAAUCUCAAUCAACACUCCAUCCUUUGACAUGGAAACAACAAAAGAAAUGGAAAAUCAUCAUUUGUUUUUCGAUGGAGCUAAUGAUAAACUCCUAAUUGAGUUGAUAGAUUCUUCAUAAGUACUUCCAGGCCCAUAUGUCGCAGACAUUGGUAUCUAUCCUUUGGACUCAGAUGCUGCCCCAUGCAUUCUAAAGCUUUAGAGAAUAUCAAAUGCUUAUGUUUAAUGA